CACAAAGACAUUACUGGUGCACCCUUUAGUGUCUUGUCUGCCAAAGUACAUUAUUUCAUUUGUGUUUUUAUUACAUAAGAGCCAUGUGUGACUUUUUUUUUUAUCCUAUUCUCUUUUCUUUUUUUUGAAGAAAAAAAAUCCUGGAUUGUAAUCACCAUCAUUUGCUUCUGAUUAUAAAGCUAGAGAUACUUUGUCAUUUCAUUACCACUCACUGCCAGGUUGAGUCUGGUUUCCAGGGAAACUAAAAAUCAGAAGCUUUCAGUACUCGCAGCCAAAGUGAAAUCCAAGGACUACCAUCCACUGAGAUUCUUCUGGAAAACAAACCAUCUACAGCCUGCCUCUUAUUUUGAGAACCUAAAAGAGGAGCUUGGAGUGUGAAGACAUGCUUUGGCUUUGAAAAUAUGGAUACAGCUUUUGAUCUGUUGUGCAGUUGAGCAAAACUAUCAGUGGUGUGAGACUGUGAAGCUCAGACAUUUUACUUCCCCUCUCUCGGAUCAACACAAACCCAUCUCUAAACCCAUGGAGGGUCCUGUUCUGACAGAAAGUGAAGUUUGGAAAGUUGGAUCAGGGACCAGCACAACUUUAAACACGGAUGACACAAGUAUUGACUAUACGCCUCUUAUGAAGGACACUGUUACUGAUGAAAAUCUGUCAAAGGCAUCUGAAAACCCAGGGACCUCAAUACAAGAGGAUAUCUGCGGCAGCAUCGAGGAGCAACCUGACCCAGAGGUUACAUCAGAUCAGAUCAAGUCAGUAAUUCCACAUGAGCAGCGAUUAGAAGAGGAUUUAUCUUCCACUCAAACAGCAGUCGAGAGCAAUGAGCCACCUGAGGCAGAGUGCAAACAAGAGAGGUGUGUUAACCAAGCAGAGGAACCAGCAGAUAAGACGGGCUUGGCGCCUGGCCGACAGAACUUUGACCAGGAGAUUAACCAGGAGAUCACCAUACUGGUGACCAAUCAUGACUGUACAUUGGAGGAUGAGGAGGAUGAAGAGUAUGGGGAGCAGAAGACUUCCAGCUGCCCUACUGAACCCGAGAAUGUCUCUUCCAUUGAGGGUGGAGGAGCGACUGAGGAAGAGAGUUUCGAUGGUUCCAUCGUUGUGGUGAACAUGACUGAGGUCAGUCAAGUUCAGAAAACCAGCGUGAUAAGCAACGUAUCAACUGAGCAGAAUACCGCCACUGAAGAACCAAGAUUGCCUGGAGAUCCUGGGGAUAGUAGCAAUGAGACAAACUCUGGAAGAAAAUGUUCAAGCACCCCUCAGAAAACAGAAGCAAGUAGCACACAUGCUAACACAAGGGCCUCGGUGGAAGUAAAUGUCUGCAGUCUGAAAGAUCAGCCCACAAAGCCUGAAGAUGUAGAAGUAAAACUGAAGAAAACCGAAUCGACUGAAUCCAGGGAUGCCAUUCGGCCUUCGCAAGAGACGCUCGGCUUGAAUCGGUCACCUGGACGCGCACAGCAUGUGCAAACCCAGGUCAGUCUGGAAGUGAUGUACCAAUCAGUGGCCACCAGCCCCAUGACUCCUCCCGAAGGCUCCGCAGCAUUCCUUUUUCCAACCACCUUUGGAAAACUCGCCAACAAGCGCAGUACAGAGGUGGCCGAGACCAUACAGACCAAAGAUGCCGAGUUGCAGGUGGGCUUGCAGGUGGAAUUCCGUUCGGUUGCCACAGCUCCCAUGAGCCCAAUCAUUCUGACCGCACCUGAGGUUAUCCCAGAGCCAGAACCACGGAUUGGGGUGGUGCCAGAGGAAGUUCCAGAACCAGUUCAGGAGGUGAGCUGGGACGAAAAGGGAAUGACUUGGGAGGUGUACGGUGCAGUGGUGGAGGUGGCAGUGCUGGGUACGGCCAUCCAGAAACACCUGGAGAAACAGGUAAAGAAGCAAAAGAAACAACCUUCAGCUUUGCCUGCUCUGACAGAUGUUCUGCCAGCGGAUCUGACCGAAACAUCUACAACGAUGCCUUCCAGUCCUCCCCCCAUGUCAGACCCUGGUGAAAGCAGCCCAGCCAAAGAACAAAGUGAAGAAAAGAUAGUUCAGAGUGGCAGGCGUCGACAGAAUCAUUUUCGCCAGUGGUUCAGAAACGUCCGGCGACCAAGUUGUUGUUCAAGACCACGUCAAGACGAGGAAAACUAAGAAAGGCAUGACAGUUGAAACCACUUUAAUAGUCCAAAUGAGACAAUCUCUCCCAGAUUUGUGCACCUUGGCUGAGCACAGGAUUGGGUUUUGUUCGAUGAUACGCCCCUUUAAUGUUCUUAAGACAUUUGAAAUGACUCGUACUGACACCUUGCCAUAAGAAGCCCCUAUAUGGAUAAUCAUCGUUUUUGGUUUGGUUUGAUAAACUGCAAAUUACAGUCGUCUUGAUUUCUCCUCGUGCUUUGGCUUUGAAAUUGCUCCUUCCAGCUUUGUUGCUAUGAGUGUAUAUUUGCUUGCUUCUGUCAAGUCCGUGCUACCCUGAUGUUGUUGUGGUCAGUGAGGAUCACUUUUAAAGUGCCCUUUUACAAUAUUUUACACAAAUAAUUUUACCUUUAAAAUUUAUAUAUUUCAAACAUGUAUAUGAAUUCACCAUGUAUAGUUAAGGAGUGGUAGAAUACAUUUAUAGAGUGACAGUACCAAGUACUGCGUAUUAGACAAAAAUGAACCUAGACCUAACCUAUUCUUGGUGUUUCAGGCAACAUGUAAUAGAUGACGUCUCUGAUUUUUCAACAGUGAAAUGUUUGGUGUUCUUUAUGGGUUUACAGAUUCUUCUUUUUCUAUUGGCUUUUGUAUAACCCUGUAAUAUGAAAUGGAUUUGUCUUGUUUUUGCAGUUCAGCUCAGCACACCCGUAACGAACACACCUUCAAGCCUUACAUUUUGUGUGAUGUUUUGUGACUGUUGUGAGAGCUGUGAAGUGAAUAAUUUUGAAAUUAAAUCAUCUCUACAAGGGAAAA